CGUCUACCAAAGCUGACAGGUGACCGACCGCAAAGCUGUGCGCGGCCUGCCGGAGCUGAGCCCGUCGGAGGAGGAGCCCUGUCUGGGCAGGGGAGAGUCUGGCGGGACGAAGAACGUGCAGAGCCCCCGCCUAACCCCGCAGAAAACCUAGCACACUGGCUUAAUCAGGAAGGAUUUUAGGCAGACGUGCCGAGACACACUUCACAUGCUAUAAUAACAAGAUAGCUUUUGGUCUUAUUUCCAGCAUUACAGCCAGUUUUCGCUGGUUCCUGGGAAGAGAGGCGCAGCAGCGUAGAAAGCAGUUUUGCACUCACAGGAGCGGGGCCCGCACAGGGAGCUAAGAUGGCUGGAUAGGAGGUGUUUCAGAAGAACAGGGUGGGGCGUGUCGGCCGUGGUGUUGGUGACCCGUCAAUAGUUCACAUGACUAAAGGACUGUGGUACAGUUGAUCUUUGCAAGAUACAUCUGCUGCUGUCACGAGCCCGGGUCUCUGAGCCUGCUGGGUGGUGACGUCAGAAUGACCCCCUCACACACACCCGUUGUCUGGAGGUGAGACCUAGUGCCGCAGGGUGUGCUGGGAAGAUGAUUUACACAGGGAAGCCACUACCAGGCCACUGCUUAAAUCCAGCCCACGGCCUUCCUCUUCUGCUCUGUCGUCCGGAGACAUUGCCUUAAAAGCCAAAAAGUCCGCGAAUGUGAGCAGCAUGUCGCAUAUGUCACCUGCCACUUCAUCUUUAUGGUGCUGCAUUGAUGUGGUGAAGGCUGCCAUGCUGAAUCCAGGGAUCCGCUCCAGCAGCUGCUCUUCCAUAAGCUUCUCUUCCAGGGAAGUGUACUCACUAAAGAUGGGUGUGUAGGCCCAGUCUCCUGACCACGGCCGGGCCUGACGCGCGGGACCUGGACGCGCAGUCCCUCGCCACGCACAGCUGGCAUAUGGGCCCAUGGCCUUGCUCCCGGGGCAUGAGGAGGCCCCUGGCCCGGAGCCCAGUGUCGCAGGCGGAGGAGGAAGAAGAGGAGGAGGCCGAGGCCGUGGUGGCCGCGCUGCCCACUCCCGGCACGUCAUCAUCAACGUGGGGGGAUGCCGAGUGCGCCUGGCCUGGGCGGCGCUGGCUCGUUGUCCCCUGGCUCGCCUGGAGCGCCUGCGGGCCUGCCGGGGCCAUGACGAGCUGCUGCGAGUGUGUGAUGACUACGACGUGAGCCGCGACGAGUUCUUCUUCGACCGCAGCCCGUGCGCCUUCCGCGCCAUCGUGGCGCUGCUGCGCGCCGGCAAGCUGCGGCUGCUGCGCGGCCCGUGCGCGCUGGCCUUCCGCGACGAGCUGGCCUACUGGGGCAUCGACGAGGCCCGGCUCGAGCGCUGCUGUCUGCGCCGCCUGCGCCGCCGCGAGGAGGAGGCCGCCGAGGCGCGCACGGUGCCCGCGGCCCGAGGCGCACCGGGCAGCCCCGCGCGCGUCCUGGGACCCGGGCGGCUGGAGAGCGGCCGGAGGCGUCUGCGCGACGUGGUGGAGAACCCGCACUCGGGCCUGGCGGGCAAGCUCUUCGCCUGCGUCUCCGUGGCCUUCGUCGCCGUCACAGCCGUCGGCCUGUGCCUGAGCACCAUGCCGGACAUCCGAGCCGAAGAGGAGCGGGGCGAGUGCUCAGCCAAGUGCCGCAACUUGUUCGUGUUGGAGACGGUGUGCGUGGCCUGGUUCUCCUUCGAGUUUCUGCUGCGCUCCCUGCAGGCCGAGAGCAAGUGCGCCUUCCUGCGGACGCCACUGGCCAUCAUCGACAUCCUGGCCAUCCUGCCCUUCUACGUGUCCCUGCUCGCCGGCCUGGCGACGGGCCCCACGGGGAGCAAGCUGCUGGAGCGCGCGGGGCUGGCGCUGCGGCUGCUGCGCGCGCUGCGCGUGCUGUACGUGAUGCGCCUGGCGCGCCACUCGCUGGGGCUGCGCUCGCUGGGUCUCACCGUGCGCCGCUGCGCGCGCGAGUUCGGGCUGCUGCUGCUCUUCCUGUGCGUGGCCAUGGCCCUCUUCGCGCCGCUCGUGCACUUGGCCGAGCGCGAGCUGGGCGCCCGCCGCGACUUCUCCAGCGUGCCGGCCAGCUACUGGUGGGCGGUCAUCUCCAUGACCACCGUGGGCUACGGGGACAUGGUACCGCGCAGUCUGCCCGGGCAGGUGGUGGCGCUGAGCAGCAUCCUCAGCGGCAUCCUGCUCAUGGCCUUCCCGGUCACCUCCAUCUUCCACACCUUCUCCCGCUCUUACUCGGAACUCAAGGAGCAGCAGCAGCGAGCCGCCAGCCCCGCGCAGGCCCUGCGCGACGACAGCACGCGCUCGGCCAGCGCCACCGAGGACAGCUCGCAGGGCCCCGAGAGCGCGGGCGGCGGCGGCGGCGGCGUGGGCAGCUCUCCCGGCUCGGUGGGGACCUGA